AAAACUCUCAUCAGAUUUCACGAGGAGACAAAAGUUGUUAUCAUAUCAGGCAUCUGAUUCUCGAUGGUGAGAUGGCUAAAUUGGUGGGAUUGGCUUUCGCUUCGUCGAAAGGCCAAACUACAGCUGGUGGAAUAAACAAACACUCCCAGAAAGCCAAGUGGUGGAGAAUUGGCUUAGAUCAGACUAGUGAAGAAGUUUGCUGCGUAGCACGUGCAGCCUCCAAUACUUGAUGCUGCCAACCGCACUUUUGAGGGCUGCCUCUUGAGGAGUUGUUGUUGUGGCUGAAAAUAUCCUUCUUCUCUGAGAAUCCUCUAACCUUUGUGCUUGGAGAAAGAAGGAUCAGCCCUGCACUGAGAUGUCGUCGUGGAUACUAGCAGGCUUGGGAUCGUUCGGAUCGUCCCUCAUCGGGAGCUUGAUCAGUAAGAUCACCGACUGUCUGAUCGAAAAAUUUUCGAAGGAUCCCGGAGUCGCUGACCUCCACAAGCUGAAGGACACUCUUUUGAGGACUGAGCGCACCAUCGGCGAAGUCGAGAACAUGUGGAUUAAAGAUGAAGGCACGAAAAAGCGAUUGAAGGAAUUGCUGAUGAAACUGAAGGACACUGUUUAUGACGCUGACGACUUGCUUGAUAAGAUCCAGUUCCGGGUUCUGAAGCGACAGAUCGAGCAACAAAGAGCUCAGGGGUAUGAGGCAAGUAACCAAUCAUCUUUUUCUUCUGAUCUCCCUCCGAGUAAAAGAAGAAAACUUCAUGAACGUGUCGGUCGCCUCUUCGGUAGAGAAGAUGAUGUGGAUAGAGUGAGGGAAAAUCAGAGUAAGUUAGAUGAAUACACUACUGAGAUCAAGCAUUUCAUUGAUAACUUACAUGAUGAUGAGAAACAGAUGAUAACGUCAGUAGUGCCUCGAACCACCACUUCCUUUCCGAUAGAAACUCAAGUAUUCGGACGAGACGAACAGCUGAAUCACCUUCUGGAACGGUUGAUGAAACCGGCCGAUGGAUCCGGAUCCAGCAACAGAAGCAUCUCUACCUUGACUAUUUUUGGGAUCGGCGGGGUCGGAAAGACUACUCUUGCUCAGCAUGCCUACCACCACGAGAGGGUGAAGGACUAUUUUCAUCAUAAGGUCUGGGUCUGUGUAUCCGACAACUUCAACGUGGAGAGGCUUACCAAAGAGAUCAUAGAAUCCAUAACCGAGAAAAAGUGUGAUCUCAGCAACCUUAAUAAACUUCAAGAGGUUCUUAAGAAGAACUUGACCUCAAAAAGGUUCCUUCUUGUCCUCGACGAUGUGUGGAACGAGGACAGCAAGAAAUGGACAACAUUUCGUGCACCAUUGUGGUACGGAGUAUCAGGAAGCAAGAUUUUGGUUACAACUCGCUCUAAAAAUAUUGCAGAUAUGGUUGGCAAUCCGAUCCCUCUAGGAGUUCUGGAUGAGGCCAGCUAUUGGAAAUUGUUCAAGAAAUAUGCAUUUGGUUCCGAAUACGCCGGUGAAUGUCCACAGCUAGAAGACAUAGCAAAGAAGAUCGUUAGCAGGUUGAAGGGGUUGCCACUUGCGGCAAGGAUGGUAGGCGGGUUGUUGAAGGACGGGAUGAAUGAGGAGCACUGGAGAAUCAUCGCAGAAAGUGAAAUCUGGCAACUACAGCAAGACGAACCGGGUGUCCUGCCAGUCCUACAAUUGAGCUAUCAAUGGCUUCCCCCACACCUUAAGCGGUGCUUUGUUUUUUGUUCCCUUUUCCCCAAAGAUCAUCGGUUUGAUGGAGAGCACUUGGUCCGGCUUUGGAUGGCAGAAGGCUACAUUGCUCAAGACAACAAUAUGACGAUGGAGGAUACAGGAAGCCGCUACUUCUUUGACUUAGUGAAGAGGUCUUUCUUUCAGGAAGCUCCGUGGGGAUCGACAUAUGUGAUGCAUGAUUUGAUACACGAUCUUGCUCGGUUUAUUUCAAAGGGAGAGUUUUGCAGGAUCGAUGAUGAUGAGUCGAAAGAGAUCCCUAAUACGACUCGUCAUCUAUCAGCAACAUUAACCGAUGGAACUAAGUUAAUGGAGCUCUCCUGUUAUGAUAAAUUGCGGACCCUCGAGAUCAAUUCCAAAAGUUUUUGGUUUGACUUUCGAGUCAAGAGCCCUUUGUUCAUUCAGUUUGAAAAAUUAAAAAACAUUCGAGUGUUGAUAUUGCAGAACUGUGGCUUGCGGGAGUUGCAUGAGAAAAUUGGUGGCUUGAUACACCUCCGCUACCUUGACAUAUCCUACAACCGUUACAUUAGGAGGUUGCCGGAGUCAUUAUGUGGUCUUUACAAUUUGCGAGUACUGGAUCUGUGGUUCUGUGAACUACAGGGUUUCCCGCACGGCAUGGGUAAGUUGAUCAACUUGAUGCAUCUUAAUGCAGAAGACAAAAUAAUUUCCGAGAUAAAUGAUGUUGGGAAGCUGACUUCUCUUCAAGAACUGUGUUCAUUUAAAGUACUCAAGGAUCAGGGACACGAGGUUGCCCAAUUAGGCAGUCUGAAACAACUUCAUGGACAACUUCGAAUUACCAACCUCGAGAACGUUGAGAGUAAACAAGAAGCAAGCAAGGCUAAUCUGAACAACAAACAGUAUCUUGAAAAACUGGUCUUAGAAUGGACAUCGGAUGACGGCAAUGAAUUAAUUAUGUCGAAGGAGGUACUGGAAGGUCUCCAACCACAUCAGGCUCUCAAACGUUUGACGAUCAGAGGGUACACUGGUGUCAGAUCACCCAGUUGGCUGCAGGCACAAUUGUUAGCGAACCUGAUAACUCUUGGUUUGAAAAAUUGCAAAGCAUGGGAGGAUAUUUCAUGUAUUGGACAGCUACAGAAUCUCAAGAAACUUUCCGUGAAGGGAAUGCCUGCAGUGAAACAAAUAAGUCAUGGAUUAAGUACAGAGAGCAAGUUCUUGCCUAAUCUGGAAGAGCUAGUGCUGGAGAACAUGGUGGCAUUGGAGGAACUCCCGAGUCUUGGACAACUGCCGUGUCUUAAGGUUCUUCGCAUCGAUCAAAUGUCAACAAUGACGAAGGUGGGCCACGGGUUCUUUGGUUAUAGAGAUCAAGGCAAGUGUUUUCCUUGCUUGGAGGAGCUCGCGUUCAUCGACAUGCCAGAAUGGAAAGAGUGGUCUUGGACUGAUGGCCGACAACUGUUUCCCUGUUUGCGAAAACUUGAAAUUGAAAGAUGCCCGAAGCUUAAGAGGUUGCCUCCCCUCCCUCCUCCACUUAAAUCACUGUCAUUAUGUAAAGUCGGGUUGACAGAAGUUCCAAGAUUGUGGGAAGAAAUCGAUGGAAGUAGCAACAGUAUGAUCGUUUCAGAAUUGAAAAUAUAUAGUCUUGAAGAGAUCAAGCUGGUGGACAUCCCAGAAUGUGAGGAACUCCCUUGUCUUGGACAAUUGCCGAGUCUCAAGGUUCUUCGCAUCGAGGGAAUGCCAACAGUGAAGAAGGUGGGCGAUGGAUUCUUUAGUUCUAGAGACGAAAGCAAGUGUUUUCCUAGCUUGGAGGAGCUCACGUUCAGGAACAUGCCAGAAUGGGAAGAGUGGUCUUGGGCUGAUGGCCGACAGCUUUUUCCCUGCUUGCGAAAACUUGAAAUUGAAAGUUGCCCGAAGCUUAAGAGGAUGCCUCCCCUCCCUCCUUCACUCGAGUCACUGUUAUUAUCUCAAGUCGGGUCGACAGAAGUUCCAAGAUUAUGGGAAGAAAUCGAUGGAAGUAGCAGUAUGACUGUUCCAGAAUAUGGACUCCCUUGUCUUGGACAAUUGCCGAGUCUCAAGGUUCUUCGCAUCGAGGGAAUGCCAACAGUGAAGAAGGUGGGCGAUGGAUUCUUUAGUUCUAGAGACGAAAGCAAGUGUUUUCCUAGCUUGGAGGAGCUCACGUUCAGGAACAUGCCAGAAUGGGAAGAGUGGUCUUGGGCUGAUGGCCGACAGCUUUUUCCCUGCUUGCGAAAACUUGAAAUUGAAAGUUGCCCGAAGCUUAAGAGGAUGCCUCCCCUCCCUCCUUCACUUGAGUCACUGUUGUUAUCUCAAGUCGGGUCGACAGAAGUUCCAAGAUUAUGGGAAGAAAUCGAUGGAAGUAGCAGUAUGACUGUUCCAGAAUAUGGACUCCCUUGUCUUGGACAAUUGCCGAGUCUCAAGGUUCUUCGCAUCGAGGGAAUGCCAACAGUGAAGAAGGUGGGCGAUGGAUUCUUUAGUUCUAGGGACGAAAGCAAGUGUUUUCCUAGCUUGGAGGAUCUCACGUUCAGGAACAUGCCAGAAUGGGAAGAGUGGUCUUGGGCUGAUGGCCGACAGCUGUUUCCCUGCUUGCGAAAAUUUGAAAUUGUACAGUGCCAGAGGCUUAAGAGGUUGCCUCCCCUCCCUCCUUCACUUGAAUCACUGUCAUUAUGUCGAGUCGAGUCGAUAGAAGUUCCAAGAUUAUGGGAAGAAAUCGAUGGAAGUAGCAGUAUGACUGUUCCAGAAUAUGGACUCCCUUGUCUUGGACAAUUGCCGAGUCUCAAGGUUCUUCGCAUCGAGGGAAUGCCAACAGUGAAGAAGGUGGGCGAUGGAUUCUUUGGUUCUAGAGACCAAGGCAAGUGUUUUCCUAGCUUGGAGGAGCUCACGUUCUGGAACAUGCUAGAAUGGGAAGAGUGGUCUUGGGCUGAUGGCCGACAGCUGUUUCCCUGCUUGCGAGAACUUAAAAUUGUACGAUGCCCGAGGCUUAAGAGGAUGCCUCCCCUCCCUCCUCCACUUCAAACAUUAAAUUUACAUGAAGUCGGAUUGACAGAACUGCCAGGGUUAUGGGAAGGAAUCGACGGAAGUAGCAACAGUAUGACUGCAUGUUUUACAGAAUUUAGUCUUGAAAGGGUCGAGCUGAUGGACAUCCCAGAAUGUGAGAGACUCCCUUGUCUUGGACGACUGCCGUAUCUCAAGGUUCUUCGCAUCGAGAGAAUGCCAGCAGUGAAGAAGUUGGGCGAUGAAUUCUUUGGUUCUAGAUACCAAGACAAGUGUUUUCCUAGCUUGGAGGAGCUCACGUUCAGGAACAUGCGAGAAUGGGAAGAGUGGUCUUGGGCUGAUGGCCGACAGCUGUUUCCCUGCUUGAGAAAACUUGAAAUUGAAAGAUGCCCGAGGCUUAAGAGGUUGCCUCCCCUCCCUCCUCCACUUGAAACAUUAGAAAUAGAUGAUGUCGGAUUGACAGAACUGCCAGGGUUAUGGGAAGGAAUCCAUGGAGGCGGCAGUUGCACAACUGCUUCUCUUUCAACAUUGACAAUACGAAAAUGUCCAAAUCUAAGAAAUCUGGAAGAAGGGUUGCUAUCGCACAGCUUACCAAAUAUCCGUGACAUUGAGAUAGCGGAAUGUGCGGAACUCAUGUGGCAGCCGGUGAAGGGGUUUAAAGAACUCACCUCCCUUGUGGCAUUGUCAAUCCGCAGUUGCCCGAAUCUCUUGAGCAUGACGCGAGAUGGGGACAAUGACAUCCUCCUUCCACCCCCGAUCAAGCAACUAGUGCUGUCUGACUGUGGGAAUCUGGGAAAAUUGCUACUGGGCUGCCUGCACAACUUGACCUCACUCACUCGAUUGGAAAUAGGCGACUGCCCGUCCAUAGAAUCUCUUCCAGAAACGUCGCUGCUUCACCUGAAACGACUUCAAUCUCUGAGCAUUUGGCACUGUGAUGAGUUGAGAUCAAUAGACGGGUUGCGAGUUCUGGAAUCCCUCAGGGAAUUGACCAUCAAAUUAUGUCCCAAGCUGUUGCUGAAUGAAGGGAAUGAGCAAGUGGAGGGUUCGUCAGUAACUGAAUUAUACAUUGACGACACAGCCCUGUUCAAACUACCGCUCUUAAGAAGGACACUUCCAUCCGUUCGUAUUCUCAAAAUCUCAAACUUUCGUCGAGCGACGAUGUCUGAUGAGGAGGGGCAGUUGUUGGGAAGCCUCACAGCUCUCGGAUGGCUAGAAUUCUUCAAUUGCUUGAAUCUACAAUCGCUACCGAGAGAGUUGCAUGCCCUUCCCUCCCUCCGGAUUCUAGCAAUAAUUGGAUGUCCGGAGAUUCAGGCGCUACCUGAGAAGGGGCUGCCGACGUCCCUCAGGAAUCUACAUUUCGAAGACUGCCAUCCGAGGCUGACGGAGCAGCUGCAAAAGCACUUGGCCGAGAUGAAGAGUUCGGAUCGAUUUUUGGAUGUUGACCAUUAUGAUCUCCCAUCUCUCCAACUACUUGAUGAGAUAUCAUAAAACUGUUGUAUUAUCAAUUAUUUCUCCUCUAUCAUAUUAGGUUUCUUUUUAUUAAUUAACCUCAUUCUUGAAGUUCAGCGGAGUA